UGCACGUGCCUGUAGGUAGUGCACGUGCCUGCAGGGACACAUUAUUCUAAGAGCCUGUGGCAAUUUGUGUUUUUCAGCAUCUAUUCGGCUCUAAUUGGCAGGUGGCAUUUGAUAUAGCUUUAGGCUUUUCACAUUUGAUUCACUCCCAACCCCUGUGCCAAAGUCCACUCCUGAGAGGAGAAAAAAGUUACUGUGUCACUUGGGACUUUUUUGCAGCUGAAGAACACACUGAUCUUGAGCUGAGGGCUUCAAAAUGUUUCAGAUAUGUGCUCCCCUAGUCCCCAUCCUAAAAGCAAAUUCUUAUCCAGCUGAGAAAUGCUACGGCUUUUGUAUACAACAGGGGCGCUAGGACCGUGAGGGAGAGCGCCUCUAAAUGUCUUUUCAGUAACAUUUUCAGUUAUUUGUAAGCGCCUUUGAACCGAGCAGCCGUUUAAGCGACUCCCAGGGACGGAUAGUCACAUUGAGUAGGAACACAAGCUUGUAGUUGACUCUCAUCGAUCAACUUUGCUUGGACCGAAUUGAUUUGGAGACGUUAUUAAAGUGGCGACUAGCUCUCUGCGGGACUGUGAAGAGAGAGGGAUACCUGUCACACUGAAGAGAUGGGAGAAAUCUGGAGAAUCGAGAUGCCCGGUAGUUUUGAAGGGGGCGAAAACGGGAAUAGGAUUUAAACACCGACUCUGUUUAACAAAAAGUGUUUUGAUCAACGACCAUGUCUCCACAUCUAAACUCUGGCCUGGCUCAUCCCUCCACCUCAGUGCUGCUCCUCUCGCUCCUCCUCCCCCUCUCUCUGUCAUCCCGAGCCCUCCUUCACCAAGAUCCCGUCCACCUCCCUUCACUGGUGCCCCAUGUACCCCUGCCCCUAUCCCGCUCUCGCUUCAGUGCUCAGACUCAAUUGGACUUCACCACUCACUGUAACGCCAGCUGCUACCACAAGGGAGAGCAGGAGCGAAGGCGAGAGCACCUGACUGAGCAGCUGGCCUUCGAGACGCUCUAUGCGGAUGGUUCUCGUACCCUCACCACUAUGGAUGUGGAGGAUGAUUAUGAGGGAACCAUCAGUCCUGCCCUUCAACCACCACCAAUGAGAGGAUGGAGAGUUACCAGUCGGCACAGGCGUCAGAAACGACAGAUUUACGGGGCUGAUGGGCGCUUCAACAUCCGCGGUGACCACUUCCUGUUGGACUACCCGUUCUCCACAGCUGUGAGGAUCUCCACCGGCUGCACCGGGAUCCUGGUGUCUCAACGCCACGUUCUGACCGCUGCCCACUGCGUGCAUGAUGGGAAGGAUUACGUCAAGGGAGCCCGUAAACUGAGGGUGGGCUUCCUGACUCCUCCGUACAUCAACGGCACCAAGCCCAGUCAGACCCCCACCAAGAUACCCCUGGUGCGCUGGGUCCGGGUCAAAAGCACUCGUGUCCCCAAAGGCUGGAUCCAGGGCCCCCAGGAGGUCAGCAUGGACUUUGACUACGCCCUCCUGGAACUGCGUUGGCCCCACCGCCGGCCCUUCAUGCGUCUGUCUGUGGCUCCUUCCUCUGACGACCUGGCAGGGAAACGCAUCCACUUCUCUGGGUUUGACAGUGACAGGCCUGGGGAGCUGGUCUACCGCUUUUGUCCUGUGGAGGAUGAGUCUAACGACCUGAUCUACCAGCAUUGUGAUGCCCGGCCGGGGGCCAGCGGCUCGGGGGUGUACGGUCGCGUGUGGGACACGGCUCUGGAACGGUGGGAGAGGAAAGUCAUCGGCAUCUUCUCUGGACACCAGUGGCUGGAGAUUGACGGGGAGAACCGAGACUACAACGUGGCUGUGAGAUUCACCCCACUGAAGUUUGCCCAGAUCUGUUACUGGGUGCAUGGGAACCGAGUGGACUGUAUCCAGGACUGAGGGAGAGGGGGGAUGAACUAAGAGAAGAUGGAGGCUAUGAAGCUCAUGACUGAAAAGUGAUUAAAGUAAGCACAAAAUCCCUUAAAGGAGAUGUGGAGGAAAUUACUCCUCGACUCAUUCUAUAACGGGCAAGAGUGAAACUGGAUUUAAACCUAAUAAAUAUUUAAAAUCUUCAAUACUAUCUAAGAAAACAGGACUGCUAAACCUUCAUGCGCCAUAACAUGUUUUCCUUGGAAAGGCGUGAACCACUGUGACUGUCCCUUACUCUGGAAAGUGCAGGAAUGUCCCUUUGGAUCAAACUCAGUUCCCUCCGUGAAUGUAAAUGUUUUCUGUCUCAGACUUAACUAGCUCCUUUUUUUUCGGGGUCUAUGCCUCCUUUCUAACACGUCUGCUAUCAUCACAGCAGCUUUUAAUGCACUUUUCCUUCUGGUCAGCUUCACAACACUGAGUCGAUAUUUCCACUGUAUUAAACAGAACCACUUUUAUUAGAGGGAAAAGAAUAACACUGAUCCUUUCCUUGCGUGCUCCCCGUCUCUCCUGUUUUAUAACUGUGGUAGCAGCCGUUCAUUUUCUACAAUGUACUGACUCGCUUUAGCCAAUGGAGGGAAAUACUGGACUGAUUUUCUUUAUAUAUAUCAUGCUCUCCCAUUGUACUCCGCAUGCUUUUCAACACUUAGGGUUAAAUGUGUGGGUGGGUAGUUGAAUUUACAAAGAUGUGGUGACGGGACGGUUUAUUUGUUUAGGUAAUGUCUUGGAGGAUGCGAACGGUUUUGGAGAGUACAGGAACUUGUCAUUGUGUUAGAAAGACGCUUGUUAAAAGGCAUACUUGCCCCCAAUGAUCCAGAGGCGUACCUAGCCACACUGAAAACAUAUUGAGCCUCAAUACACCAAACAUGUCAAAAAGGCUCAAAGUUAUAGAUGGUGAAAUCAAUAAAAUACAUUCUAAAAACCUAGGAGGGGGUUUCUUACUCUGAAUGCCUGCAGCAUAUUCAACUUGCUUUUGAGCAUAUGGGGGGGGGGGGCAGGAAAAUCAGAAAGUUGGUAAUAAUUUUAUUUUUUUUAAAUGCCUAUAUCUAAUUUAAUAAACUGAGAUUUCUAUCAUGA